AUGCAAUGCGCAGUAAGAUCAGAUUUGUCCAAGGAUUGGUUACGAGAUGAUCUACAAUCGGUUGAUUCUGCUUCAUCGUUAUCAACAUUAUGUCCAACCGUAUGCCGUCGUGCGGCAUCAUUUCCGAUUGUUAACAGACAUCAUCCGACGUCAUCUUUAUUGAAAGUACGCUCACAGAGUGAGUCAGAUGCACUCAAUCGAUUAGGCCUUAUCCAUUCACGAACCACACUUAUUGAACAAUUGAAAAAACGUCAGCUUGCACCAAUUACAUUUGAAAAAUCUCUCGACAAUGCUGAUUCAGUAUCACAGGGGAAAUCAGAAGCAAACUUGGCCGAUAACAAUUGCAUCGAUAAUAGUGUCGGCGAUUUUAAUCAGUUAUCAGUGAUUGUUGAAGAUGUAGCUGUUAAAACAGCGAAGAUUUCUAUUCGAUCAUGUAAAAGUGUACGUUUUGCUGAUGAUUGCGGUAAAGAACUGACCACCGUGCGUGUAAUGACCGAACCUUCCGAUUAUCCACCAACCAUUAGUGCAUCGGUAAUUCGUCGUUUACUGGGAAAAACAGAUGAGGAUGAGAAAUCCGGUCAGACAUCAGCUUCAUGGGUUACAUCAUUUAAACAACCAGCUAGUGAAUACGUUAAAUUUCGUGAAACUCUCGAGAGAGGAUUUGUUGCAUUGGAAAAUGUUGUCCUCAAAAAUGAGAUAUGCCAUAUGAUUGGCACCGUUAAGGUUAAAAAUAUAACAUUUGAGAAAAAAGUUUUUAUACGUUUCACAUCGGAUGGAUGGAAAAGUUUUCUGGAUCGUAUAGCAACUUAUCAACCGUCAUCAUCCAAAAUUUAUGAUACGUUUAGUUUUGAUAUCGAAUUGCCUACAAAUGGCGGCGAUCCAAAUGCACGAAUUGAAUUUUGCAUUUGUUAUGAAACCGGGUCUUCUCAAGGUGAUGCAAAGCAACAGCAAUAUUGGGAUUCGAAUAAUGGUCAAAAUUAUGUACUAACAAGCCAAGAAGCAUCAGUUCCUGCUCCAUCAUUACCUAUAUCACUCUCAUUCGGGAAACAUGAUCCCAAUGAUGCAUAUACAUAUGAAUUUAACGAUUGGACUAAAUUUGCGGCAUGGAGAAAUUUAUCAACUGAUAGUCCAUAUUGGUAG